AUGUUUGACUUCGCAAUUCCCCCAAACUUACCUAAACCCAUCCACCAAGCACAAAUUCGCGAGAAAAGGACAUUAGUUAUCGAAUUUGUAGAAGAAAAUGUCAAAAUUUAUGGUGUGUUUUUACAACAACCAGAACAAGUUGUGAUGGUAUUUGAUGAUUCCAGUAUUCUGUUGAUUACUUCCAGGAUAUCCAGAGAGCUUAUUGCAUCAUUGGCAGAUUUACUCGCUGACAAUUUCGGGAUUGAGAAUAUGUUAUGUAUGAUUUCAAGGUCGAAAUUGGGCGUAUGGAAGGAAUUCAUGAUGAUGCUUAACAGUUUCUUUGAUUGCCAGUUGGUUCAGGCUUUGGAUGUUGAUGAGUAUGAAUGGAGUACUUUGUUAUGCCAGUUAUGA